AAUUCAUUUAUGAGCUGAAAUAGCUAAUUAUAAGCACUUAAAUUUUUAAGUUAAAACUCAUAUGAUACAAUUGUUUGACGAAAUGGUUUUUAUCAUAGAGUGGUUCUAUCGAGAGAGGUCUCUAAGAAACAUGGCUUACUUUAUUAUUUCUUAGGUAGAUAUAAUAUAUAUCUUCAUCGUUACUUUUAUAUUGGAUUCAAUUUAGUAUACUUUUUCUUUAUAUAGAUUUUUUUAAUGAUUUUUUGGGAUAUAAUAUAUCAUUAUUGUUUGAUGGUGUAGGAUAUUAGUUCCUCUCAUUUUAGGUUCAAAUUGAUGCGUUUUACCCUUUAUCGUUCCCUUUUAUCAGUAAAUAAUUUUUAUGAUAUUUUUCACUAUGAAAUUUCGUGAGCAGAAUCAAUACACAACAAUUUGUGUUUUUUUUUCCGCUUCCUCUUCUCUUGAUUAGAUAUUGUGUCCAUAUUGAUUCUUAUAUUGAUUAUUGAAUUACUACUUUUUUGUUCUGGAGUUUAUGAAACUAAGAUGCAUUUUUUUGAGAAACAUGAAACUAAGAUGCAUAUUGAUAAAGAAUGUAAAGUGUCAUCUUCACUCUUAAGGCUUAAGCACUACAUACCAUUGUUUACCUACUGUUAAAUCAAAGUCUUUCUAACUUGAGUACGAGUUACAAUGACUUUUAUUGUUGUCCAUUUGUCCCAAAAUAUUAGGUAAGUUGCUUUUAGUUCUCGCAUUCUUUUCAGUUUGAUUUAGCUUUUUAUGUGUUGCUCUAUUAGUUGAACUUGCCAGUUGGAGAUCUGCAUGCUUCGACUACAUUAAUGUCAUAGUGACUUCUAUAUGAAAUGCCACUCGAAACAUGAGUGUGUGAUUUAGUUUGUUUCUUAUUAAGGACACUCUAAACAUAUACUUUGUUCCAUUAUAUCAUUGAAUACACUAAAUUCAAUGAAAAAGUCGAAACAUUUUAUCGUAUAUUGAAGAUUGAUUAUGCAUGUAUGAUGUAAAACAACUCUUACCAUUGUUCUUUUUAGACAUUUUUAUAUCAAUACGACUUCGUUUGAAAAUAUGUAUUUAUGUUAGUGUAGUUGGACGUUGUUCGUCAUUUUUAAAACUUCGUUAGUCAAAUACAUCAAAUACUUUCCUAUAUUAUUAAUGGAGAACUUACCAAACUAAAUAGUUACUUCAAACCCCAACAACAUGAACCAUAACAAAAAUAUAUACAUACACUUAUACAUGACAACAUGAGAAUCAAACUCUCCCGGCCAAGAGGACGGGCCAUAAUCUAGUAGUAUAUAUAUAGUAGAAGCCAGGAUACAAGUCAAAUCCAACUUUGUCAACAUAGUUAACAACGAACCAACAAGAUAAAUAAAAUGGGAAAAUUUAUUGUGUGGAAUGUGCGCGGGAUUGGGAGCUGUGAUAAGAGAGCUAAGAUCAAGAGACUUCUACAGAUCAAACGGCCUUCUAUUGUUGGAUUGACGGAAACAAAAUGGGAAAAUUGUGAUAAGGGGAUGGUGGUUUCAGUUAGUGGGAGCAGAAGUGUCGACUGGGUGGCGAAGAACUCUAUUAACUCUAGUGGAGGCAUUCUGAUUUACUGGUUUACUCACCUUUUCAGGAAAGUUUCUAUCUGGGAGGGAAGAUUUUGUCUCUCUGUUACACUUGAAGACGUCAGGAGUAACCUCCAGUUCUCGGUCUUGGUCGUGUACGGCCCGCAGGACAAAGAAAAUAAACUGUUGUUCCUUGAUGAAAUUACUGGGUUUUGCUCCUCUGCCCUUAACCCAUCUGUAUUGCAGGAGAUUUCAACAUGGUGAGAAGUUAGGAUGACUACACCGAGGCUACCAGAAGCAGUAAGAUGAUGCUUGCCUUCAAUGAGGCUAUCUCAGAAGCUGCCCUUCUUGAGCUUCCUCUUAGGGGAGCGCGUUUCACCUACAACAACUUACAUUAUUGCCCGACCCUCUCUAGAAUUGACAAAGCUUUUAUUUGCACUGAAUUCGAUUCUACUUUCAGGCUUCAGCAAUUGUAGGCUCUCUACUUUGGAGCGGGCCAAAUUUGAUCACUGCCCAAUUUUGAUUGAGUGGGGGUGUGAAGAGAGGAUUCACCGUUAUUGGAAAUUUGAGAAUAUGUGGUUCCUCUAUGUGAAUUUUAUAGCUAAGACUGGCAAAUGGUGGAACUGUCAGCCGAGAGGGGUUGGAGAUCUCUUUCUUUUUGGCCAAAAAUUAAGGAUGCUCAAAGACAAAAUUCGAACAUGGAAUAAGGAGGAGUUCCAAAGGUUGAUACUCGUAUUGCUGAGAUUCUGGCUGAAAUUAAGCUGCUGGAUGGAUUGGAGGAAGAAAACGGUUCUCUUUCGGAAGAGGAAAAGAAUCGGAGGACUCUUCUCAAGUGUGAAUUGGAUAAGGUGCUGAUCAUGGAAGAGGUGGCAUGGAGGCAAAAGUCUAGGGAAACUUGGCUUAAGGUCGGAGAUAAAAAUUCAAGCUUCUUUCAUCGGGUGGCCAACUUCAACAGAAGAAGAAACUUUAUUUUCUCUCUUACCUUUAAUCAGACUGUUGUGGAGGGUCAGUCGGAUCUUAAAGUGGCCUUUGUUGACCACCACUCUAUGUUGUACAAGGAAGAAAAACAAUUCAGGCCUUUCCCAGAAAAACAAUUCAGGCCUCUCCGACCGAUUAGCCUGAUUGGUAGUAUCAACAAGAUUAUCUCGAAGGUGCUCACAGAAAGGUUGAGGCCGAUUAUGAGUAAGCUUAUUUCUGGGAAUCAAUUUUAUGGAAUACGUGGGAGACAAGUUCAUGAAGCUUCGUUGAUCGCCAAUGAAUUGGUGGACAACAGGAGGAAAAGUGGGAAAACGAGACUUAUCUUCAAGCUUGACAUUGAAAAGGCAUUCGACAAUGUGAAUUAGGAAUGCCUCUUCAGGAUUCUGGAUAGUUUUGGUUUCCCUGUGGUCUUUCAGAAGUGGAUCCGUGUGAGAAACAUAAUUAUUGGGGUCUAUUUGUUAUUUGCGUAUUAUUCGGAUAUUAUGUUAAGAUAGGAAUUAUGAGGGUUUAUUCGGUUAGGUUAAUUAUUCGGGUAGUAAACAGGAAAUAGUCGGUUUAUAUAUAAGUCAUGUUAUGUUAGGUCAAGGGCAAGCAAUAAUACAGAAUUGUUCCCAAA